CGCAUUUUACACUGACAGCAUCAUUCCAUUCCGGAGACCCGCUCUGUCCAUUCUUCAAUCUGCUCCAUUCUUUUGAACAGUGGACUUCUUCUUCCUUUCUUUUUUUUUGUCUCCUUUAGAAUGCAGGAGAAAUCCAGGAAACCCAUGAAGAGGCUAGCAGUCCUCCUUUUGUUGCUGGUUUUGAAUGAGAGUAUAGAACACGCUAGAGCUCAAACACCGGGAGAAUGCACCUUCUUUAAUCCUUUGAAACCAAGACCUCACAGAGCAUCCGUAUUGGACUUUGGUGCUGUGGGGGAUGGGAAAACUUUAAACACUGUCGCGUUUCAGAAUGCAAUAUUUUAUCUCAAGUCAUUUGCAGACAAAGGUGGUGCACAACUCUAUGUUCCAGCCGGAAGGUGGCUGACUGGAAGUAUUAAUCUCACCAGCCACCUCACACUAUUCCUGGAAAAAGAUGCCGUUAUCCUCGGAUCAGAGGAUUACACUCAUUGGGAUAUAAUUGAUCCUCUACCAUCUUAUGGGAGAGGUACUGAUGUACCGGGACAAAGAUAUCGAAGUUUGAUUGCCGGAAACAAUUUAGUUGAUGUUGCGAUAACAGGAAACAAUGGAACUAUUGAUGGCCAAGGUUCUGUUUGGUGGGAUCAGUUUGAUGUGCAUGCCUUGAAUUACAGCCGACCACAUCUAGUAGAGUUUAUUAGUUGCAGCAAUGUUGUUAUCUCGAACUUGACCUUUUUGAAUGCUCCUGCUUGGAACAUUCAUCCAGCAUAUUGCAGUAAUGUUGUUGUUCAGAACAUAACGAUUUAUUCUCCAUCCAAGUCACCAUACACCAAUGGCAUCGUUCCAGAUUCUUCGGAACAUGUAUGCAUCGAGAAUAGCAACAUCAGCAUGGGCCAUGAUGCGGUUGUACUCAAAAGCGGGUGGGACCAGUAUGGCAUUGCCUACGGGAGACCAACCACAAAUGUCCACAUUCGUGGGGUCCGCUUGCAGUCUAGCAAAGGUGCAGGAGUGGCCAUCGGUAGUGAGAUGUCCGGCGGCAUCUCAGGUGUGCUUGUGGAGAACAUUUACUUGCAUGACUCUUCAAUGGGGAUUGAGCUGAAGACAGCAAGAGGAAGGGGAGGUUAUAUAAAGGACAUUCUAUUCACUCAUAUAGUGAUGGAAAAUGUUUGGGUGGGAAUUAAUGCCACAAGUUAUGACGAAUCUCAUCCCGAUGACACAUAUGACCGAAAUGCCCUCCCCGCGGUCAGCAAUAUUGCAUUUGUAGACAUGAGUGGCAAAGAUAUCUCCACGGCGGGAAAUUUCAAGGGAUUAUCCGAAUUGCCCUUCGCUUCCUUUUGCCUUUCGGGCAUCUCCUUUUCCGUUUCAUCUUCUUCCCAAUCAAACCCAUGGAUUUGCUCUGAUGUUUCUGGCUUCUCAUCUGGCGUGUCACCCGAACCAUGCCCAGAGCUUUCCAGUUCAUCUUCAGCUUGCUUCUCCCUGCAGCAGCCACACACAUUUAGCCAACUUGCAGACAUGUAAACCAUGUGCAUAGGAACCUGUUCAGUGCAUUGAAUCUCUACCAAGUAGAGACACACAUUCUUUUGGGGGUGCAUAAUCUUGGAAUAAUUGCAAAAGUCAACUUCAAGCAGGUAAAGAUUUAUCUGGGAUGGCUUUGCAUUGUCUUCUGUACAGCAUUGCUUCUCAUUGCGUGUAAGAAAAGUUUUGGUAGUGCAGUCCAUUUUUCACAUUUACUUGGUU